AUGUCUCAGAGAAGUCCAUGGCCUAAAGGCUACCAGCAACGUCCAAUUGAUUUCAACUCCCAAAUACCCCUAGACUUCAUUCGGGGUAAGACAAUUCUUCUCACGGGCGGUGCGUCUGGGUUCGGUGCCGCAUUCUUUUCCCACUGGGCAUCCGCUGGGGCAACUGUGAUAAUAGGCGAUGUCAAAGUGGACGCGGGAACCCGACUUGUCACCCGUGUCCGAGAAAAAACCCGAAACCCGAACCUGCAUUUCCUUCCGCUGGACGUGACUUCCUGGCAGUCUCAAGUCGAGUUCUUCCGAGAGGCUGUGAAACGUAGCCCGCACGGUGGGAUUGAUGCCGUAGUAGCCAACGCAGGCAUAAACCGAGCCACAGAGUCAAAGGACUUCGAAGAGCCGCCAAUUGACUACCAGAUCGAACCUAACCCUCCUGUUCCACGCUUCUCCACCAUCGACGUAAAUCUAAUUGGAACACUGUAUACAACACAUCUGGCACUCUACUACCUACCCCGGAACCCAGGGUCCACUCCCUGCAACCCACAAUCCACCCCCACGUCAGGAAACAGACAAAGGGACAGGCACAUCCUCCUCCUGGGCUCCGUAGCCAGCAUCGCGCCUCUAGCCUCCCAGAUACCCUACGGCGUCUCCAAACAUGGCGUGAUGGGCCUCUUCCGCUCCCUGCGCGCCACGGCACCUCUCAAACAUGGGAUACGCGUGAACAUGCUCUGCCCUUAUUUUACCGAGACUCCUAUUCUCGGGAUUGGCGGGAAAAUCCUCUUAUCUGGCGUGGCAUUGGCAGACAUUAAUCACGUUGUGGGAGCCGGGACGCGCUUUGUAGCGGACCCAGGGUGCGUCGGACGCAGUGUGGUUAUUGCGCCGAAGCUCAGGGUUAGAUCUCCGCUGUCUGGACCUAAGGAUGGAGGAGUCGGGUUGGAGGGCGGAGAGGAGCGGAUACCUGGCAUGGGUGGGGUAAGGGGGAUUCCUGAUCUGAACGACAUAUACGACCUUGAAACGACGGCUCGGAGGCCUGGGGAGCAGGAUGGAAGGGAAGUCAAGGAUGUUGCCAUUUGGGAAAUUUAUGCGCAUGAUUUUGACGAUACGGACGCUUUCGUGCGGAGGAUCAUUGGGAUACUACUUUUGACGACACGCAUAAGGGGGUGGUGGUUGUUUGCGGUCGAUCUAUGGGUUGGGUUUUGCCUGGUGCUGAAGAUGGUUUUUGGUGGUCGGAAAAGGCGGGCCAGGAACGUGAGGGGAAAGAAACAGGUGUAG